GUGAUGUUGGACGUCCUAAUAAUAGGUGGAGGACCCCAUGCCCUGACCCUGGCCACCCUGCUGUCCUGUCCAGACCAGGCCCUGUCCCCACCUCCCCCCAACACAGACAUCCUCCAGGGGAUCCAGCUCAGCCAGGGCAGGGCCAAGACCAGCCGCUCUAAGAASAAGAGAGGAGGAGCUACCAGACAGCAGACAGCCGAGCCCGAGGAGCAGACCGCUCCAGACCCAGAGUCAGUUUCAUCCUGCCCUCCGCUGGCCUUCAGAGUGGUGGACUCAUACGGAGCAUGGACCUCACUGUGGGAGAGCCAGUUCAGAGCACUCAACAUCCCUCACCUUCGCUCACACACCCUGGUGCACACAGACCCACUCAAUAAGAGGGCUUUGCAGGAGUUUGUUCUGGAGAAGGAUCGGACAGCGGAGCUACACUGCCUCCCUGACCACACCUUCAUUCUGGAUGAGAACGCCUUCUUCAACGACAUGCGCCUGGGCAAGAAGGACAGGAGGAGACUGAGCAGCAGCAGAGGCCUGCAGAACAGCCUGUACUUUAGCCUGCCAGGCACCAGGCUCAGUGUGGACUUCUUCAGGCAGCAGGUCGGAGAUGGAGAUGCACGCUGGCCGUGGCUUGAGUUGAAGGUGGACAGAGGUCGUGUGAGCCUGGGGUUCACAGUAGAGAGGGUGGACAGAGGUUGUGGUCACAUGACUGGCUCCUUGUUGCAGAGCGAUGGAGAUGACGUGAGCGCUGGUCAGGCCUCCACCAACCACCACCACCCUCUGGCCAGGCUCACACACCACGUGGGGACCUGCUGGAUGGAGACAGGAACACACAACACUAUGUGUGAGAGAAAAGCACAACACACCAACAUCAAAACCUCAUCCCAGGGGGACAGGAUAUGGCUGGCUACAGGAUGUAAACUGGACGUCAACCAAGACCCUAUGCUCUCUUCUGUCAUCAAGGAAUUCCCUAUUCAGGUCSUGGAUGGCUGGCCUUGUAUAUCUGAGAGCUUGCAGUGGGCUCCAGGCUGUCCUCUGUACCUGAUGGGACAGUACGCAGCACUUCAGGUUGGUCCGCACGCGCUGAAUCUGGCAGGAGGACAGGCUGCAAGCGCGCGCAUCGCGAAGGACAUAAUAUUCCAGCACAGCCAGAGUGGUUACGGAGGGACAGGGACACAAACCACCGUGGAGAGAGCACACACCGAAGAAUACAUUCAACAGAUGCACGGGCUGAUGUGGUUAUGAUUAAAGACCUUAGCGCAAAUAAUGUUGUGAUGUCAAAGGGAGAUUUACGCAGCGAUAGAUCAUGGAUUCGGCUGCCUUCCUAGCUGAGAAUAAACUACACCUCACCCCUUCCUAGCUCAGAAUAAACUAUCCCCCCUU